AGACGCUUUGUUCCAGCCGCCCUGCGCUGUGCUCGAGAGCCAUAUGGCCGAGCGAGAAUCACGGCUCGUUGGGAUGUAUUGUUUGGAAUAACCCCGUCUUCUGCCGUCAGAAUGUCCACUUGUAUGCACUCAGCGUUCCAAGCGAGGUGUGUGCUCGCCUUUUGACGCCUUGGACACCGGGGUUGAUGACAACAACACAGUAGUGUUGGCAAAACCGGGAAGUCAUUUUCUGGCAAAGAUGAGGAUCCAGGGACAACCUGAGGGCGCUCGGCGGCGUCUGGAUUUAAGUACAGUCGGCGAGCUGAGGAACAUCGAGAUCAUCCGCGGCCGAGCGGGCUACGGUUUUACGAUCACGGGACAGCGGCCGUGUUCACUGAGCAGCAUCCUGAAGGGAAGCCCGGCAGAUGUGGUUGGACUCAAACAAGGCGAUCGCCUCCUGGUGAUCAACGGGGAAGACGUUUCGGCCGCCUUGCACGAGACCGUGGUACAGCUGAUUGGUAGCUGCGUCGGACCUUUACGGCUGGUCGUUCAUGCCGAUGGACGGGUCAUUGGAAACCCCAUCAUUAGUGAUGAAAAAUUUGUCAUAAGCCCCAAGAAGGAUCUUUUCCAGAGGGUUCUCCGCACCGUCUCGCAUGAUCCGAGCAACUCCGACCACUUGCACCAUGCGCUCUGCAGCAAACCGAGACCCCUGUCAGAACCGAUCAUGUCGCAGUGGUGCAAUCAGUGGAGCAUUGUGGCACAGAAACCAAAGGUCUGGGAUUCUGUUUUCUCAGAGGAUGCUAACCCAGACUGCGGCGUUUUAAACAUGACCCUAGUGGUGGGCUACCUGAGCUCAACGGAACUGAUUCUAAACACGACGGAAUCGGAGGAUGACUGCCUGAAAGCCAUCCGAGAGCGAAUACGCAAGUUGGGCACUGAGCAGGACACCCACACCCUGGUGAUGAUGAGGAUCACGUUUGACUGCAUCCGACUCUGCGACGACAUGGGCGCCGUGCUAGCCGCCUUUCCCACAGAGAACCUGGUCCUGGGAGCCGUGUGUGCCGAGGACCCUCGUUUCUUUUGCCUGGUCACGACUGCGCACAUUAUCGAUGGCUGCGUCCCACAAAACUGUCCCUUAAGGGCCUCCUGCCAUGUUUUCUUCAUGGAUCCAGACCUGGGGAACCAUGAGGAGCAUAUAGGAAUAGCGGCACGCUUUGGUUUCAACUGCACACCUGAUCCGGACACUUUUGCUUGCCUGGAGUUCCCCCAGACCCCACCGGACGUCCUUCAUUUUGUCAGCGUACUCUACAGUGACAUGGGGGAUGCUGUGGAGAGGCUAAGAGCCAAACUGGACUCUGAAGCUCAGCAGCGAGCCAAAGAGCUCCGCAAGCAAGGUAGCGCUGGUAGCAGCGGAGACAGCGGGAUCAGCGGCUUAGGCAGCGCCUCACCCCCUGAGGAGAGGGAUUUCCCUUCUGUAAUCCGAAACCACCCCGGGGUCCUGCUCCCCACCUGUCCAUGGGAUAAUCCUGAAGACCACACCCCAAGAAACCUCUGCCGUAAUAGCCACAAAACUCAUAACAGUGCCAGCUCCCUUUCAGAGUCGCUACCCGGCCCCGAUUCUCUUGCUAACUUCUACGGAGGCACCCCACCGAGGCUCAAGUUCCAGUUCAAGCCCCCGCCCCCUCCACCUCCUCUCCCUUUGGGCAAGAAAACAAUUGCAGACCCUCUGAGGGGAAGCCAGCGGUGGUUCUCUAAACCCAGGUGGCACAAAUCAGAUUCAGAACCUCAGGUGAUAUGCAACAACAACUGGUUGUCAAGUGUUGCCGGCAGCCAGGACCAGCCGCCUCCCAUGUGCCAGAUCCCCCCACACCGGUAUCGCUCGGCCGAGAUCCUGAUGCAGCCCCCGAAAGAGGAAUGGACCAAAAGGUUACUGGAGCAGAGGGACAAAGAACGCAAGAAUGGCAAAAAUGUCUCCAGGUUUUGGGAUAUGGGCGUCCUGCGUGCUUCCAAACGACGCUCUUCCAAACGCCUCAGCCUGGCACGAUCGCUGGACAACCUCGAGUCGGCCGCUUCCUCUGACGGCGAUUACAGCGGUGUCCAGUUGCAGGGAUGCUGCAGCCACAGCAGCCUGAACAGCAAUGGAAGCCUUCAGAAUCUUCCGGAGCAACGCGUCGCCAGCUGGGCAGCCUGCUUUGAGCGCCUCCUUCAGGAUCCGGUGGGCGUACGGUACUUCUCGGAAUUUCUCAAGAAGGAAUUUAGUGAGGAGAACAUCUUGUUCUGGCAAGCCUGUGAAUACUUUAGCCAUGUUCCUGCAAGUGAUAAAAAACAGCUUUCCCAGCGAGCCGGAGAGAUCUACAACAGCUUCCUGUCCAGCAAGGCCACCAUGCCAGUAAACAUUGACAGCCAAGCCCAGCUGGCCGACGACGUCCUUACGUCACCACGGCCCGACAUGUUCAAGACGCAGCAGCUGCAGAUCUUCAACCUGAUGAAGUUUGACAGUUAUUCCCGAUUCCUCAAGUCAUCACUUUAUCAGGAAUGUAUGCACGCCGAGGUGGACGGCCUACCCUUGCCGGACCCCUACCAGAUCCCCUGCAGUCCUGCGCCAUCCAAACACAGCGCGAGCUCAGACCGCUCUACCCUUUCCACGCCAAAGAAGGAAGCCAGGAAACAGAGGUCGGGGAGAUCGCUUAAUGAGGACAGCAAAGAUGAAAGCGUAGACAAAAAACGCGGCAUCUUCUUUUCGUGGUCCCGAAACCGGAGCUUUGGGAAGGGUCCCAAAAAGAAGGACAUUGGAGACAUCAACCUCGACUAUUGGGGCAGUAACGGUCGCCGUGAGUCCCAGGGCUCAUUGUCGUCUAGCACCAGCUUAGAGAUGUCCACUUCCUGCAAGGUGGAGUCAGACAAUCGCCACUCUGUUGGGGCGUGGGACCGCUCCUCCAAACACUGCAGCGUGACCCUGCCCGACGGCUCGUCUUCGUCCAUCGUCCUCCGGCCCGGUGCCUCCAUCAGGGAUGUCCUCCAAGUUCUCUGUCACGGCAUCAACGUCAACAUCGCCGCCGUGGAUCUUUUCCUGGCUGGAGGGGAGAAGCCUUUAGUGUUGGACCAGGACUGCAUGACCCUCAGCUCACGAGAUUUGAGACUGGAGAAGAGGACCUUGUUUAGGCUGGAUCUGGUUCCCAUUAACCGCUCUGUGGGUCUGAAAGCCAAACCCACCAAGCCCGUGACAGAAGUCCUGCGGCCCGUAGUGUCCAAAUAUGGCCUCCACCUCAGCGAUCUGCUGGUGAAAAUAAGCGGCGAGACGGAGCCUUUGGACUUGGGUGCCCCCAUUUCAACCCUGGAUGGCCUGAGGGUUGUGUUGGAGCGAGUCGACCCAGCUUCAAACAAAGACAAUAAAUCCAAGCCGUUGAAAAGCCAACCACCAACCAGGAGCCUUUCUACAACGGGAGAUGAGAGCCCAAAGGACUUUUCAUUGAGAGCACCCAGCGGUGCCGACUCAGCACUUCUCCAGGAAAAGAGAAAACAGAAAAAGAUAAAUAUAGAUGAAGCCGAAGAAUUCUUCGAGCUACUGAGCCGGGCACAGAGCACCCGAGCCAACGACCAACGCGGACUACUCACAAAGGAAGACCUGGUUCUUCCGGACUUCCUCCGCCUGGUCCCACUGCCGACUUCCACCCCGACCAGAGGCCCCGGCCCCCGCUCUGAGAGCUUAGACUCCCACCUUGGCUCCAACGGACACUCCGCGGCACCCAAGCGGUGCCUGAUGCCCCCCGUGGGCCGCCACACGCCGUUCGGCUACCACCUGUCCCCGAUCCAGCGGCCGCCCAUCUCGGAUGCUCGGCCGGGCCUUCAUACUGUGGAGGAGGACGCCCACGCCGACUUGACCCUCGUGGGGGAGGGUGACAUUAACAGCCCUAACAGCACCUUGCUGCCGCCGUCGCCAUCUCCCAUGCCGUCCCUGGAGGGGAGCCUGCCUGAGGCCAAUUUCACUCCGCCGCCGCCACCCUGCCCCCAGUCGCAAGAGUCCACUUCAGCGGCUACCAAAGCGCUGCCGGAGGACGUGAGGGACGUGGAGGGCGUCCAGCUGGAGGACUCGGAGGGAGCGUCCCAGCCCGAGGACUCGGAGCUCAGCCUGAGCUUUCAGGGUUACGUCGCUGAGCUGCGUCAGGUUCAGAGCAAAAUGAGGAACACCCGCAUUCCGCACGGGGGACAGCAAGACGACGACACGGACUGUAAGGCGGACAUUUUUAAGGCCACCGUCGUCUAAGCGGGACCCUCCUUUGACUCUACUGCUGCACUUUGACCCCCCCCCCCCCUCCCUCCCCACAUAUUGUAGAUGUGAUACUUUCAUGUUGCUUUGAUGUCAUAGCAAGUCAUGAACGACUUAAAAAAAUAGUACAAGAAAGAUAAUUCUUUUCCCGGGAAAUGAAGUUGGACACUUGAUUAGGUACAAGCACUGAUUCGAGUUGGUCUGCUUUGUUUUUGUCACUGUGGUGGUCUUUCUUUCUUCCUAACAUUCCUCCUCUCCUGUAGCCCAAGAACAAAAGAAGGAAAUACAGGAAGCAGCUUAAGAAUAAAACCACAACAAAAAUAAAUGUUAUGAAAUCAAGACGAUCUUUUUAACAGUUUUUUCUUGUCCAUCUGUACUGCAGUUUUUAGUUUUUGAUUGUUUGGUUUUUAAAUAUGACUUUUGUCAGUUAAUUUUGUUUUUGUUUAAUUUUAUUAUUGGAUAAUUUGGCUUUCAUGAGCAGCUUUAAAUUGUUAUCAUUUUUGUAAAUAUUUUUAUUUAUCAUUUUUGUUCAUUUUGUAUCAUUUUAUUGUUUCUUGAUCAUUUUCUUAAUUUCAUUUCAUUUUUGUUUUUAUUGUUAAAGUUUGUUUCUUACUAUUUUUGUUCUGUUUAUCCACAAUUUUUGUUGAUUUAAUUAUUUUAUUGAUUGAAUUAUUAUUUGUGUAAAUCUUACAAUUUUUCUUUAGUUUUAUUUUCUUUGUUAGUUUAUUUUGUUCCAUUAUUGAUUUUGUGUUCAUUUCACGUCAUUCUGAUUUUAUGAGUUCAUAAUUGUUGUAUAGUUUAUAAAAUGAUUUUAUUAGAAUUGAGCAACAUUGUCAAAGCGUAUCUAAAACAUUCCCUUUAAGAGCGUUGUAUCUCUUGGCUGUUUACAUUUUUAUAUAUAGGAUGAUCAUUUCAGAGAAGUAUUUCCUGUCUUGGAAUAUUCCACAUGAUGGUACUGUUAUCGUACUUCCUGCU